AUGGAUAGCCCAAGUGGCCCCAGGCUUGGGAAGCUGUCCUCAUCAGGGCUGCCAAGGGGCCGGACCCUAAAGCACGGACAUUCCCAGGAGCCUGUGAGACCCACACCGAGCCCUGAAAACAACAAACAUAGUGAGUGAAUUAAAAACUGUCUUUUUAGAUCUGUGCUAUGGGAAGAUUUUGUUGCGGAUGAUUACAGGAAAAAGUUUUGUUUGCUCAUAACUUAACACAUGCGUGACAGGAGUUGCUUUUUGUCUCCGUUGGACUCUAGGGAUUCCGAGCUAGCAUGUCUCUCAAGGAUCAGAUCAACAAGUAUACAAAGUGUGGCUGCUGCAGUUUGUUUUAUUCUUUUUCAUGAAUGGAUUACACUUGAGUAAGAAACAAUGAUUUGCCCAGUCUUGAAUGUAACGCUACCUCUUGCACCACAAAAAAGAGCCUGGAAACUACAAAAUUUUCCCUCAGACUGCCUUACAGUGAGAAAAAAACCAAACAAACAAGUUGUGCCAAGUUCUGACAUGAGUGAAACCCCCAGCCAUCUGGACCGAGAAGGAAGAUUUUUUUUUGGAAAAGAGAGGGCCGGACUGGGUAAUAAUGUUGCAAUCCAAUAACCGACAGAUCGUCAUGACUUUGUUAAUGGAGUGAGGCAGACUUGGAAAAAAAAACUGGGGCUGUUGCUAGUUUGACCCAGUUGUUUUGGUUGCUAGAAAAUAGCUUCUCAUGCCCAGACACUGAGCACCAUCACAAGGGCUAGGUGCUUCAAUUUGUUUUCUUUCUUUGUUAAUAUGCAGCCCUGAAGGCUAGAUUUGCAUUCCUGUGUGGGUGCAUGCAUGAGUCUAUGUGUGUGUGUGCAUUUGUCGAGCAUAUUUUGCAAGACAGAAGCCUUUUUAUUGGAUUGUUUUAAUGUUAGGUUUUAUCUUCCCAACUAGUCGAAGUUAGAAGCACAUCACAAGCUAAAUGUAUAGACUUCACCUUCUUAUUAUAUACAGGCCGCCAACUGAUGUGUUGUUUAUGCUCUUAAAGAAUUUAUUGUAGCAGAGCCGAGUGUAUUUGAAUGACAGGUUUUUCUCUCGCAGCCUCUCGGAGUCUUAUGUUUUAUAGAUUUUCUUUCGACACUUUAUUACUCAAUAAACAAGAUGUGCUUAUAAAUCAAUCAAGUCGCUAGUAAUCUCUGAGCUGAUCAUGGGGAGACCGAAGCUAUAAUUGAGAGCAGCAAUCUUGGCGUCGGUUCACUAAUGAGCAACACUGAUGAUUGUGCUCAUGCUAUGUGUGUACAUGCGCUUAUAAGUCUAUAUUAGGCGAUGGCUUGGCUGUGGUUUUUACGGGACUUUUUGUGGUAACGUGACACCAGUUUUGCUUGCCGGUUUCGUUUUCUCUCCUCGCAGUUGAUCUCCUUUGAUUCUCAUCAGAGCGGUAAUUAUAUCUGCGUUUUAUACACAGCUAAUCUAUGCUAAGAAGACUGUUCUUGAGGAAAGCUUCCAGCACGUCUUUUGACUGCACUAGAAAGGAAUUUUCAAUCUUGCUGUGUCGGAGUCGAACCAUUGUCUUGUUUGGCUGGAAAGUUGCUCUUAUCUGGAACGUUACCAGGGGUUUCCCGAGCCUUAAGAGAAGCUUAGUGGGUGCAAUUGCCAGUGGACUAAGUUUUUUAUGUGAUUAUGGGGUUUUGAAGAUUCUCGAGGAACAUCCAGCAAACCUGAAGGGGAAACGCAAGACGUCUGGAAAAAACAGGCAGAGACUAGAGUAACACUAGGAAUUGAUUAAGACACAAAGCAGAGCAUGGAAAAUGCAUGAGGAAUCAACAUUUUCAUUGCAGAGCGGCUCCUUAUUACAGUCGCAUUUGUAUUCCCAAACAGCCUCACCGUGGCUUGUUUGAGUUAUGUUUCACUCAGAUUUGGUUAUUGCUAAAUGAAGACAGCAAUCAUUGACUUUUUGUAAUCACUUCGGUAAAACAUCAACCACACCAGCAUCAGCAAACAAACCAUUACCUUAAACUUGCCUCCUUAGAUUGUCUCUCAUCAGUGACCGGCUUUAGCUCUCGAUAGAUGAGGAGGAAUGCUCCAGUGCUAAUCAUAAUGAGCCUGGCGCUAGCUUGUUUAUCCCAAGAGGAGCUGUUAGCCUCAGUUUGGGGAGGCAAUGGCAUCGAUAUCUAAAGCUCCCUGUGGAGUUUUUCAGAGCUCAGUCCAUGACCAUUGUACACAGAGUGAUCUUUAAAUAACCAGGUUCCACAUGAUCUGCCCUCUUCCCACAGUCGUUUCUUAUUCUGUGUUCAAUAUUCCCUGAUAGUUUAGACCUUCACACUUCUUGUUAUUAUUAAUCCUCACACCGAUUGAUGAAUGUCCUUGUCAGAAACUUUUGCAUGAUGUAAGAAUGAUGAAAUCCUGUCUGGCCGGGGCUAUUUUUUCUCUUUUUGUACUGGUGGUUUCCUGAAAUCCCUGCAUGCUUCUGGAAACAAAAAGUGCAAAUUGAGUUUGUCUGCUUUCCUAGAGCAGUGCGGUUGAGCUUGUCACAAUGCCACACCAGACAACUCGCAGGAAAGGAUGUGGUCCUUGAGGGUGGCUCGCUCUCGCUUGGUGUUCCUGCUCUCGCAUUAUGUUAUCAGAGCCUUGGUUUUGUUGUAUUUUACUGCUUAACAUCCUACAAUGAAAGUAUUUGGAAAGAACUAAUGCUAUUCUGCCAAAUGCUUCAGGCAAGCCUGAAAUUAGGCCCCAUUCUCCAAACAUUAAUGCAAGAAUAAAUGAGUGGAGGCUAGGCGAUUAUGUGUGCGUGUGUGUGUGGGAUCAUCCUCCUUCCUCAAUGAAGAGUGGUGCAGCACUCGACCUGAACCCAGAAAAAAAACCUCUCUAUUGUGCUCAGGGUCUUCUAGAGGAGAUUUUCUAAUAUGAGCGAGGUCUGAGUGUGACCACAUGUGCAGCUCUUGUUUGUAUUUACAUGUUUGUGUAAGUUUACAUGCAUCUCAAGCGACAGUCCGCUAAUCCGACUGCAGAACCGUCAUUUCAGACCCACAUUUGCAGCCUGCUGACCCUGCAUAUUUCCCUCAGCAGCAAUCUCUUGCUCUUCCCCUCUUUCUAUUGCUUUCUCGCACUUCCUCUCACUGUUUUUUUUUUAUCCCGUUCCCUUCAAAUAACACUCACAUUUCCAUUUCAUGCUCUCUCAGACUCCUCAUGCCUCUUUUAUUUUGCUUGGUAUUAACAGCUGCAGUGAAUAAAAAGGGCCUCCAGUCUCACUAUCUCUGCCAUCUUCCGUUUUAUCCCCCCCUCUUUUUUUUUUUUAAACCCUGUUCACCCCUCUAGCACCCACCACCCCAUCCUAACUCUCCUCACAUCUUUUUAUCUCUCUCAUUUUGUAGCUCUAUCCCGCUGAUGAUUUGAGUCUCCCAAAUUGGAGACUUACCGAGGGAUAAAAUCGAUAAAGAGCUAUAGAUAACGGAUAAUGUUUGUUUUGGGAUGAAAUUGAAUUCUGGUGCUUUUCUCAGCCUGAUGCUGCGUCUCGUUUCGAGGAGAGUCCUUUGUCAUCUUUGUCACACCUUUAUUUGGCAGGCUUGGGGAUGGCAGAUGAGAGGGAGCACAGGGAAAUGGAAGAGGAGAGAGAUUGAGUUGGUGAGUCACAGUCCAUAAGGAGGGCACUGCAAACAGUCUGGAGCAGGCAUUGUCUGUCUGGCUUGCAUAUACUGUGUGUGUUGUCGCAUAAACACAUGCCUUUUUUUUCUUUUCACGGCUACGGAUAUAAGCUCCGUGUGUACACCACAACAUAUCUGAGUGUAGAAAAGCAAACUUCUUCCCAGCCAGAUUCCCGUUUAAAAAUGUUUCUUUCUCCACUUUCAGUUCAGUCGUACGCCCCGUACCCUGAGGAUCCACCGGUCACAUAUGUGGCCAGUCAUCCGAAGCUGUUGUGAUUGGAUGUCACCAAACAUACUACUGGCCGUGAGCCAAAUGGGCAUCAGGCAAUAGAUUAGGUUUCCAAUAAUAUGAAGCAUGCAGCUGAUGUGGAGGGCUGUAAAAUCAAUACAGGUCUGAAGAGGCUACUGAGGCACAGUGAAUUAUCAGUUUAUGUAGCAGGACCAUCCAACACAGGCUUUUUUCUAUUUUGUACGUUUAAAUGUGGUUUAACAGUGCGAGUAUACACGUUGGCCACAACAGGGCUUGACAGUGCGACCGUUUCACUCUUAUUUGUGAUUAAAAAUAGAUGUGUGCGAUUUGUAAAAUGUAUUUAGGGGCACAUGUGCGCAGUUUUUUUUCAUGUAAAUACCGCAGUGAAGUUAGUUUUAGGUUGGAUAUUCGACAGGCAUUCACUGCGGAUCUGCCGGUGUCUUCUCACUCUCUAUAACCGGGAAUAGCAACAGCAGCGCGGUUAAAUCUACUUGGCAUCCUCGCUGUCAACAUCUGGUGUUGAAUAAGGGACCGUCAAUAAAUCAUCGGUUGAUGUUCUCAGAAAAGGCUGUUUUCCUUCAAUAGCUUCCUUGUCAUGUGACCAAUUGACCUGAAAUUGGUUUUAAAUAAUAGUACAUAUGUCGACCAAUAAGACAACAUUAUUUGAUUAAUUUUCAUCAUGCCCUUAAAGUUCUUUGUGUGCUCCUUACUUUUUCAACUAAGGACUGUGGUUCUCAAUCCAGUCCUUGAGGCCCACUGUCCUGCAUGUUUUGGAAGUUUCCCUGCUCCAACACACCUGAUUCAAAUGAUUAGCUCGUUAUUAAGACAUUCCAGAGCUUGAUAACGAGCUGAUCAUUUGAAUCAGGUGUGUUGGAGCAGGGAAACAUCCAAAACCACUGACUUAGGAGCACCUGAGCUCCUUGUGAAAGAAGUUAGUGUCAAGCCCUGCGAAAGUCUGCCACUGAAAGAGACCCACGUAUUUUAGUUCAGACGAGAGAGGAUGUCACUGUGGAUUUCUGCUGAGGAUGUUCACAUGGACUGUGCACCAGUCAACCCUGUUUGUCAUUAAGUUAUGAGGCAGUAUAAACCUGUGAUUAUCACCCAGCUGUAGUAGAUACUUGAUUAUUAUCAAUCAAAGCAACACUUGGGACAACCUGAUCACACAUGUCAUAUCAAAUCAAUCUGAGGCACAUUUCAACUUUCAACUGAUGUGAGAGCAGCCUGAGGAACCAUCUCUGAUAUGCAAAAGCAUAACAAGAUCCUUUCCUGCAAGUCAGGAAAUAGCACCAGUGCUGGUAAAUGUAUCGUUAAGUUUCAGAUUCCUGUAAAAUAACUUAAACUACUAUUGAUUAUUGAUACAAUAACGAAAGUGAAGGUCGUGACAUCUGUGUCAUAUAUGCUCAGAGCCUCAUAUGAAUAAAAAUCUGUCAUGAAAGCAUCCUGCUGUAUCAGUACAUCAUCUUUAAAUUCACUUUGAGUCAGCUUGUAUAUUUUUUUUUUUUAGUGUAAUCGGGUUGUAAGUGUAACAGCACACAGUUGGUAAUGCAAACAAGAACCAGUGAAUUCACCAUUGGUCAAUGCGAGUAUCAUUCAAAUUAACACUGUACACUGUUUGUGUUACACUUUUGGCAAAAUUCUCAUCUUUCUAACAUGAAAUAUGAGGUCUACAUUCGAUACGUUUGAGCGGAUGGACUUCGUCAGGUUUGUAACUUUCUCAGUCUUUGCAUUCAGUGGUUAAAUCAGCUCUUUAUCAUAUGUUCUGACUAACACAAGGAGGCCGGCAUCAUUACUACAUGGUAAAAAGGAAAACCAAAUAUGUGUCAGUUAUCUUGUAAUGAGUUGUACCUUCGUUGUCAGUGUCUCAUGUUCAUUACUGGUUAAGUUAAACGCUUUGAGCCGUUAUGUGACAGUUGUAGAAUCACAAAAAAGUCGGAGGCAAGUAGGUUGACAGUUUCUGGACUUGCAAAAGUAACCAUGAGCCACCCAUUCACCCGUCACCUCUCAUUUUUACUCUUAACUUCCUGAACGAAAGCCAUGUGUACAACUUUGACGCUUUCACAUUAAUUCAGUCUCGUAGUAGAAUAAAAGGAGGUUUAAUUAAAAAGUAAAUGUAUUCUAGUCUGUUUGCAGCAUUCAUUUGGAAAAAAGAACAUUUUUGUUUACAUCUUUGUGCAUGUCAACAAGUGUAACUAUGGAGAUUUGCAGAGAAACACGGUUACAAAGAAAGAGAUAGAAAGAGAGGGAGGGCAGGAAGAGAGAAAGAGAGCGAGAGAGAAAAAACAAAGACGCAGAGUGAGAGCCAGAUUUAAGAGAGUCUGGUUUUCUUUCAGUUAGUCAGUGUCUGGAUAGCACGACUGUUCUGGUGCCGCCGCUCCUCCUCUCUUUCUCUUUCUUCUUCUUUUUCUUACUCACUGUCUGGAAUCAGGCCUGAGUGGGGAGGCAGUAUGGGGACGUCUCCAAAGAGAGGUGUGUAUAUGAUGGGAAGAUUCCUACUGUGGGAGUGAGUGUUUGUGUGUGGAAAGGAGGAAAGAAAAGGAAGGAAACCAUAGUGCGAGAUGAAAUAUAACACAUGAGAAAAAAAGGAAGUAGUAGUAGGAGGAGAUGUGUGAGUGGAGUAGACGCUGAUAGAGAAUGUGUAAGAGAGGCAAAGUUGUGAAGUAGUAAAAGUAAAACCACUGAAUCGAAAGAUGAAAGUGGAGGUAACAGCUCCAGAAACGUCCAGGGUAGCUUACACAUCAAGCAGAUGGUUUCAUUGUCGUUGUGUUCACUAUGCAGAGUGUCCAGGUGUAUCAGUUUCUCCCGUUAUUGUCCGUUGAGAUUAAGGAAGUAGGAAUACUAUGUCUUCUUCUUCUUCUUCUCCAUGGCGUCGUGUCAGCAGUGAGGAGUGGUGUUUGUAUUUGUGUGUGUCGUCUCUCUGAACUACAGUAUGUCCAAACCCUACUGUGCAGACACAGACAAAGGCUCCUGUGUGAGUAUUUGUCGAGGAAAACAAAUGACUGUUCUAUGCUUGCGCCUGUGUGUGUGUGUGUUUGUGGAUAAUGUGUAUUGUGUUAUGUGUAUGUGUGUGAGUGCACCCUUGCACUCAGGGGGAGGCAGUUGCAGGCGUAGCUAGGAGAACUCAGAGGUUAUUUGAGAUCAUUAGGCAGCUGCCAGCACUCCUGGGUCCUGAAUCUUCUUCUUUUCUCCUCUCCUCUGUCAGGAUUAGUGUACGCAGCAACAGUUGCAGACAGCUGGGAGCGAGUCAUACUCUGACAUUAGUUGAACAGCUGUUUUAUCCCCACGGCCUGUGCCUGAGAACAUGGGCUUUAGACUUGACACAAUGGGCCUGCUUUGUUUCAUACCAAGACAAUGGCUGUGAUUGCUCCAGCGGCGUUGUUGUUGCGUUUCCAAACUCGAAGAUACCGAACACAUUUUGUUGCGUCCGCAUAUUCCACCUCAGGAAAGACAUCGUCUGCUGUUUUGUGUUUAUCUCUUACUGUAAAUUUCGCACCUGCUCAUGCUUUAGCUCGCGUGCAAACUUUCCCAUUCGCACAGCAGGCUCCUAUAUCUGGGGCUAAUUGUUCUGCUUUUGCAGGGAAGAGGCCUCUGAUAGUGGUAACUAAGACAAGACGAUCUUAUUCCCAUAGCAACAAGAACAAAUCUUUCCCAAGUGCUGAAUUCAUUAAUUAUGCCUUUCUUUUUUACAAGACCUUUAUUUUCUAAGACAGGAAUUAGAAUGCAUGCUCAAUUUCCUCCUCAGCACAAGAGCCGCACUGCCGACUGCAUCACCUCUCCAGCUGCUACCCAGACAGCUAAUAGAGAAAUGCUCCAUCGCCUGGAGAAUAUUAAUACACCCAUAUCUAUGCACACGCAUCACAUCCACACACACACAUAUAGUGGUAAUGGCUUUGUGUGCUUAUUUGUGUGUAUCAGUGUGUGCUUUUUAUGCAUAUGUUUACACCUUGUGCUGUAGAGUAUUUUCAAACACAGCCAGCAAAUCUGCGCUACUUCUCAUUCAAUCUCAUUCAGACUCGACUUAUUUUCCUCCGACCUUAUUACAGGGAAUCUGAAGUAAAAGAUUACAUAUAAUCUGCCAGACAGUGUUUGAAUGAAAAACAAGAGAAAACAAAAAAAGGUUCACGGUGUAUGAUGGGGAAUAAAAGCAAGUGAAAUGAGCCGGGGAGAUCAUUCUAACUCUGUUUUUUUUUUUUUUAGACAGAGAUGUCCUUUUGCCAGCGUGACCUCUUUUUGUAUGAGCAACCAUGGCAGGAAGUCAGUUCAUUUAUUUGAUGGAAAAUCCUCCAACCAUUAGUAUAAUCCUGGUAGGCUUGGAGUGCCCUGAUCUAGUUUGGAACCCCGGCUGCAGGAAGCAUGCACGCAUCCUGCCGCUACGUUUGCAAGAGAGCGAGCAGUUUGCAGAUGCAACUCCUGUUUUCUUAUUUCGAAGUUUAUCUAUGCUGCAUUUCCGAGGACCGUCAAGCCUAUUUUAAGUAGUUUUACUCUGACGUUUUGAAAUGUGUCAUCUGAAAAGGCUUCCAGCAGCAGCAGCCUUCCUCCCGCUCGCCUUGUUUCUGCUGCUGUCCAACCCUUCCCAGAUCAAUUCAGAGCUGAAAAGUAGAGAUAAAUCACUACAGCCUCAGCUCCCACCUGCACCACUGUCAUUCAGUAUUGCUUGGUCAGAGGGAGAAGUCAUCUGCCUCUGCAAUUCUCUCCCCUCUCCCUCAGCAUCCUCUGCCCUCCUCUCUGUCACCCCCUCUUUUCACUCCCUCCCUCCCUCUUCUUCUUCUUCUUCCACAUGCAUACACAGCUCUCCCCAUCUUCCCUCCCUCUCUCUCAAGUGUGGAGAAAAUAGAGUGCAGGGCUGAUAGUGCAGAGGUCUAAUUGUAGCAGAGAAGAGAGCAGUAAUGAGGCAGUGCGCUGCCCGUCUGCGGAAGUUCACAUGGAGAGAGAGAGAGAGACGAAGAAAAGGGGGGCUGCUGGCAGGGAAAAAGGAAGGAAAAGUGAGAAAGCUAGCGAUGGUUUGAGAAAAGAGGGAAGUGGCAGAAUGAGAGAUGGAGAGAGCGAGCAAUAAGAGAGCAGGGAGAAAAAAAGCAAGAGAGCUGAGGCAGUCGGUCUGCUGUGUGCUGUGUCAGAGGUUCACACAAGCACUGGCAAUUUAUAGCUGAUCUAUUUGGCUCAACAGAAGGCCUUUACCCACAUCGCACUGUCUCUCUUUAUCACACAGACUUGUUCGACACAGGCACUCUCUCUUUCUCUGUCCGUCGAAAAAUCAAACCUUCUCUUUCAGCUUUCAAACCCACUUUUAGACAUGUAAAUGUGUGCGUAUUUGCUCUGACAAGAUAAAGAUAUUAAGUUGGAUAUUUACGAACGGUUUAAUAAAGGUUAUUUGCGAGUUCAUGCUUUCGAGGAAGCGGGUCUGCACGCACCUAAGGCUCCUGGAUCAUAAUAUUACACCCAUCAAUAACAAGUUCUAUUUCAUUAAAGUGAAGCGUUUGCAGCACUCAGGUUUUCUCUCUCCGUUUUUUUUUUUCCAGGUCCGGUGUGUGAUGAGCAAGCAGAGGGGAAGAGGAAAGGCCGUCCUAAAGCAGAAGUGCAGGAACUGAGAAGCAUCCCUGUGAGUGUCUCUUUUUGAACCGAGUGGGUGUUUGAAGUGGGCUUCAAUUUUUUCCUGCACAGAGUAGGCAGUGUCCCGCGAAUUUGCACUAUAUACGGUACAGUAUAGCGCUAAUCCGUGCCUGCAUUAAACUCUCUCUUCCUCACCCCCGAGCAGGCCCAUAUGAUAGUACAAUGGAAGGAAGAGUUUAAGCGCCGCUCCAGGGUUAAGUGUCCGUGUUCGGGCUGCUGGUUAGAGUUUCCCAGCAUCUAUGGCGUCAAGUACCACUAUCAACGCUGCCAGGGGGUGAGUCACUAACCUCUGUUUUUUCCUGCUAGGAGGCUAUUUCUAACACAUGCUUUACUGUAGAUCUAUACAGUUUAAAUAUUGAGAGGGACCUAAGCAGUCAGUGAUAAAUUACCCAUAAUGGCAGUGGGAAUCAAAGCUGGAUCAUCCGGAGAAUUUUUGAUGCCCACACCCUAAUUAUUCAGAGAUUUCCUGAUGUUUUAAGAAUAUGAUGAGUUAUCCGAGGGCUUCUGUGAACAGCUACUCACUGUCGUUUCACUUUGCGUAGGAAGGAAGCUUGACUCUAAAUCCCCCCUCUCCUCAUGCCUCUCUUUGUGUCAGGCCACCGUAGCUGAGAAGCUGAGUCACGGCUGUCCCUACUGUGAGGCAGUGUUCGCCACAAAGGUGCGCUUGCAGAAGCACAAGCUGUGGAACCACCCGGACAGAGUGAGCGUGGAGCCCAAGGACGAGCAGGCGAAGCUUCAAAAGAACCCUGUCAAGUUCAACACCAAGAAAAGGUGAGCGGAAUUUUUAGCCCCAGAUCCCCCUCCCACUCAGACACACAUAAUGACGUUAGUGAUGUCAUAACGCUGAGUCCCGUUCGAUGUGUAAAUCCAGGCCCAUGGAGAACAGCCCCCCCUCUCCGGUGUUCUUCAAAGUGAAAAAGAUCCACGAGGUGUCCACGCCCUCUCAAAACGGAGAGCUCGCUCACCAGAAGAGUGAGAGGAAACAGCACAGCCAUAGCCAGCCUUCACAGCAGAGUCACCAGGCCCAGCCUGUCCAGCUCCAGUCCCAGCACUCGCAGUCCCAAAGCACGUCCUCCGACGCAGGGGGGAGCGAAAGCGAAGGGGGCAGCCUUCCCCCUUCUUUCCCCGAUGAAGAUCCGGAGAGAAUGAGGCACAGUAAGAUUACAGAAUAUCAUUCAUAAUGAAGAAAACAAGUUCUCAGUGAUGUUUGGGCUUUUUGUGUUUGACCGUGCCCGUGCUUUGGUGGUUUCCUCUCGGGCUAGGACGGAAGCAGAAAACGCCGAAGAAGUUCACUGGAGAGCAGCCGUCUAUAUCUGGAACAUUUGGAUUGAAAGGUAAAGACGAUGAUUACUUGUUUCAUCAAAAAGUCAGAAUUGAAUAAAACCCACAAUUUCACUGUCUUUUGAUCUGCACUCUGCUUAUACGACACGCAAUCUGUCAUAAACAUGUGGUUUUGGCUCCUUGACAUAAAGAGAGGUUAAUAUGGGGGAGCUCAGAGAUUCAUGUCUACAUCUGUCUAAAAGUCCUUACUCACCGGGAAGGACGCAAAUAUACAACGCUUAAUUACGAAAUAUUUGGAGGUGAAUUUUGAUGCGUCUGACUAUACACAUCAAGCGCAAUUCGAUUUUGCGACUUUCCAGGGGGAAAAAAGACACAUCCCAAGUGGAAGCGAGAAGACUGACACAACAGCAGACUGACUGUUUUUCAGUUCUGAUUAGACACUAGUGUUGAGAUGGCUGUAUGUCAUGAUAGCAUGGGGCCAGUCGGGGUCGGGGCCAGUACCAGAUAAGCACAUUAAACUAUAAUCCAUAAACGUAAGGUAACAACCGAGACCUAAUGGUGCUGUGACAGCAAAGCGAUUGAGUUUGAGACAGUGAAAAUACAUAUGAUAGUUGUAUCUGAACAGGUUAGCUUACGAGCUAAAGUUGAUUAGCACAGAUGAAAGUUAAAACAAAGACGUUUAGCAAACUGUUAAAGCACACAAACCAUCGUCAUAUGAGAAAUCCGACUCUAUGACUCUCCACAAGUUGUCCUUCAGGUCGUUAUCUUUGUAAUAUUUGUGUUUUUUAUCAGAAAGCACUCUGCUCUCCGACACGUAAACAAUCAGCCGGUCGGCCAUGUUGGAUAUACUGGUGAAUCUGACGUCGCAACAACAUGCAAUCUGAUUGGUCAGAAGUGGACACACAGUAUGCAAAACUUUAGAAAAUUCGUCCGUGAUCCGAAAAAAUGAUUGCCGCAAUAUCGCAGGAUGGGAAAACAUCGCUGAUGUGAAAGCUUGUAUUGACAGGAUACUGGUUCGAAAAAAAUAUUGACGUCUAAAGUAAUCGCACGAAAAAAACAGUCCCGGUGUUUAAGGACCUUUAGGCCCAACCGGAAGUCGUACGUUACUGUUGCGGAUAAUCACCCCAAAUUUCAUAGAAAAAAUCCUCACAGUUGUCCUCUGUGAUCAUAUUAAGAGGAUAAAUGAAGUCGUGAAGUAGGUCUUGUUACUUAAACUGAUUCAUCAUUGAUUACUGGCAACACAGCAGCAGUCACAGGGUCUCUACUAUGAAUCACAGAAUGAUAUGACCAUCAGAGGGCAGCCUGUACGAGGGUAUUAGAAAAGCUUUACUAGGUGAUGCGAUUGAUGAUUUUGAAUGCUUGUGAAUACUCCCUGCUGCUGCUGCUCCUGCUGAUCAAUGAAUCUGGUUCACUAACUCCUAACACAGCAGCUGUAGAGGUGUUUCAUAUCUGGCUAAGUGAAUCAGUGACUCACACCAACCACACAUCUCAUACACACAGAUUCUUGUCUCUCUCUCUUUCUCUAUUUCUGUGUCAUUCAAAGGCUGGAAAUGUCCAGUGACUCAUAAAGUGUAUACUGGGCAGUAAAAUACUGUCAUUAUGUAUCAUUUUGUCUUUUUAUAUCCAGUAUCAGCUUUCUUUUUGUCUGUUUUUCUAGCCGUCAGCACUGUCCUUGAUCUGUCGCUCUCACUGAACACAGAAUAUUUUCAAAGGGAAUCUUAAUUAUCAACUGUGAGCGUUUGUUUUUUUUAAGAAAAUAUGUGUGUCCGUGUGUUUUCCAGGUAUGACUAAAGUGGAGGAGAAGCUGAAGGCGGGUCGCGCGAAGAGGUCAGAGGGGAGUGGGGUCAGCGAGGAUCCUCAGAGAAGAUCGACUCCAAGUCAGUCCUCGAAGAAAGAUCCUGCCACGACCAGCUCUGGUGAGCUUCUUGAUCUUUUCAUUUUUUCCUUAUCGUGAUUUUUUUUAAAAGUCGGCCUUUCGGAGUAAAUCAUGGCAACGCUAUUCUGUGUCUAUUUCUUAGGUGCUGUUGCUGACACUCAGUGGCAGCGAACAAUCUCAGACAGAGGUGAAGUCGUGUGUCCCACUUGCUCCAUCGUCACCAGGAAAACAAUCCACGGUCUCAAAAAACACAUGGAGAUUUGUCAGAAGGUCAGUGGGCGAUUCGGCUAUCCAUCACAUUAGCAGUACGGCUUUUGUCCUAACUUCUGUCCCAGCUUGUUUUGAAUAACUCUAAAAUAUGAGCCCUUUAAGACUGAUAGAUACAACACAAAUGCUAUAGUUAAAGGUCUGGAUCUGAGGAAAUCUUGAAUGUAAACACUACCCCUCCCAACUAGUUUUCCCCGCAGCUCCUCCUCUCCCCUCCCUCUCUGCUCCAGCAAACCCCGCCCACAAACAGAGGCUUGUCCUCGCUCGUAUCGUUCCAAUUAAAUUUAGAUAUAAUGCAGAUAAAUACUUCUUUGGCCCAGUCAACGUGAAAGUAUUGGUGCUACUGUAGAUGCCAACAUACUACCAGCAAACACAAUGUUUACAGGACUUCUAAAACUAGGAUAAAGUGACAUACUCCAGGACCCGAGACUGCAACAUGCAGCAGGUCCCGUUUGACAAGAAACACUUCUGUUACAGACACUCGGCUUACUUUGUUAAAGCAGUUUACCUGUCCAGCAGAAAGGUUACAGGGUCCGGAAGAUCCCAAAGCGUCCCCCACCAUUGUUGACCCGGCUCUUUUAGCUCUUGUCCGGAUGGUCUACCUCCUUUUUAAGCGCCUGUUAUUCCGCCAGAGUCUCCGGUAUUUACUUCAUUUUCUUGCUUGUGUCGGCAGUCGUGGCUAAAAGAGGAUUCAGACAAUUUUCUGUACUUUAUGGUUGGUUUCUGCUGUUUGAUAUUGUAGCACGCUAACUUUGUUUGGGCGCGUGAACGACACGGGGGAGCAGCGUCUGCCUCACAACCAAUCAGGAUGGGGGAAGGCGGGGAAUUGCUUUGUUUACAGUCAGAAAGAGCGGAGCACUAUAAAACUUUAAAAUGUUGACUACACAGACAUAACAAAACACAGCAAUAUCGUGAUAUUACCAAAUGUCAUCAACAACUAAAAGCUAUUGACUGAUAUUAAAAGCUCUUUUGUAUAUACACCACAAAAAAAGAUGUUUCUUUAACGGAUUCCUGUCUACCCCACCUUUAAGGCUGUAUCUUUCUGUAGAGCAGUCUGCAAAUACUGAAUAAAAGAAAAAAAUCCUAAACGUCAAACUAUCAGGUAAAACAUGCCUGAUCCUGUUGGUACUUAGUUUGUUUGGAAAGAAUCCAAAUCUGCAUUUUUUUGUUGUUUUAAAUCUGGAUCAUGAUCUUGAUUUGAACAGAAGCCAAUAUGCCAAAUCCACUGAAAUCCAUAUAUUGCAUUGGAAAAAAAAGUCAGUCUUCAUAUUGACAAAAGUCUUAUUUUCCAUAAUCAUUAUCUAACUGCUUUCCCUUCUGACUAUGAAAUAAAGCUCUCUCUCAACUCAAAGCUGUUAUUUCCUCUCUGGAUAAAAACUUUGACUUCAUCAUUAUUACAUAAUUCCCCUGAAUUCCCUGUUGUGCUCAGUCUUCAUCGUAAUGAUAUUGACUGGAACGCUGUGGAAGGGAAAAAAAAAACACAUCAGGCGCUAUCUGAGUACAGUCAUCAAGUGUUUUCUCAUGUAAUAUUCCUCACUCAUCUGCUCUGAUAGAAAGCAGCUGAAACGAGUUAAGGGAGCAGACAUUGUACACUUCUGCGGUUUGUUUGCAUUGCACUCAAUUGUGGUCUGCCGUAAUAAACAAGAAAGGGGUGAAACACAGAAGAAGUUAAUCCAGAUUCAUUAUAGUGGUCUUUUCAUGAGGACAAAGCAGCUGGAGUGCUGCAGAAGCCCGUGGGCAUUUAGAGAGAUGUGUUCCUACUGCCGUUUCAAUGUUUCCUUGGACCAAUGGACUGAGUGACUCCAUUAAAGUGACAGUCUGCACCGUUAAGCAAUGACUGAAUCACCACAUUACCUUGGGGUCACUCGACACAGAAUCACCUCUGUCUCCAGAUCAAUACAGAGACAAGAAGAGAAAUCUAUGAAAAGGAACAGCGAGUGUUAAAACGGCUUUUCUCGUUCGCAGUUACUCGACUUGUCCUUUGUUCUGUCUGUUAACUUGAGCUGUGCAACAAUAAAAAAAAGAGAAAAGAAACUCCAUUGGGUUACAGAUGAAAUGUUGCUGUUGUGAUGGAACCAAUAAAAAAAAAAUAGGCUGUGUCGCUUUCUAGAAAGAUAAUUUGAUCAUCUGCUCGGCCUCUGCAGCUCCAGGACGCCCUGAAGUGCCAGCAGUGCCACAAACAGUUCAGGUCAAAGGCUGGCCUCAACUACCACACCAUGGCUGAACACAGCACCAAGGUACAUCCUCACCUACACAUGCACACAUGAUAUUUAUGGUUCUUUUUAACCAUACCUGCCACCAUUUGGGUUACAAAAUCCAGGAGAUUUUUGCAGCACACACCGGGCAGUUUUGGGGUCACCUUUUAUGGUGGAUAUGAGCUAAUUAUAAGAGUAUUUGUGAUUAGAUUGCUCAUCCAAAUAAGUGUAAAUAAGUGUAAGACACAGGAACACAUUAAAAACAGGGGGACAUAGAUGGUUCAGUAGAAACAUGAUUAACAGGCCAAGUUCUCACGAGUUAAAAGCCAGGGAGUAAAAGUGCGUUUUCAAAUUUGAUUUAAAAACAGGCAGUGAGGGGGACAGUCCGACGUGAAGAGGAAGAGCAUUCCAGAGCUUAGGCGCAGCGACGGAAAAAGCCCGGUCACCCCUGAACUUUAAACUUGACCUAGGGACAGUCAGAAGGCACUGGUCAGAGGAUCUAAGAGUCCGAGAUGAAGUACAGGGUUUUAAAAGGUCAGAGUGAUAAAAAGGAGCGAGCCUGUUUAAAGAUUUAUAAGUUACUAACAGAAUUUUUAAAUCAAUCCUAAAACGCACAGAAGGCCAGUGAAGAGAGGCUAAAACAGGGAAAAUGUGGUCAUGUUUACGGCGACCAGAUAAAACACGAGCUGCAGCAUUUUGAACAAGAUGUAAACGAUAACAAAUGGUAAUAAGAAUGAUAGCUACGAUACGCCUUGAACCUUAUUUAGUCCACUAAUUUGGGUGUUUAAGUCCUCACAUGUUUUACAUGCUCUCUGAACAUCUGUGCGUGCAAUACAGCACUCUUUUAUCUGAGGCUGCCCUGAACGCAUUGCUUUGAGACAGUGCAAGACUAUCAAUGUAAAUAUUUUAGCUUACAUUUGUUUCCCUUUCAUUGAAGUGUUCAUUUUGCAGCAAACACUGGUUAAACUGACCUGAAUCAUCCUAAAUUGUAAAGUAAAAGUAUCAAUCCAGUGUCUGUGAGGCUCAGCAGAAACACAGGACAAUCUUUGGUUGUCUUGAAACUUUGGACAAAUAUAGUAAUCUGAUUUAUGAAUGAACAUGGACCAUCAAACUACGGAAGAUUACAAAAUUACAAUAUGGGAGGUGGGUCUGAAAAACGGGAGUGUUGGCAGGUCUGCCUUUGACUCUUAACCCCCCUGAUCAAAACAAGUUUUGAGGCCUGAGGGAGUUAAAGUUUCACCACUAUCCCACUGACCCACUGAACUUACAGGGUACUUAGUUACUAGACACACACCCAAGCACUGCAAGCAUUCAGGAGGCGGUCAGACUUGCUUUUCUGUCUCUAUAUAUGGAAAAAACCACAACAAGCUAUUGCUGGUGUUAGCUUCCAUGGUGAUCACGUCCUCUACAUAGUUGUGCAUCUCGAGCCGAGAGAGAAAAUAUUUUAUGUAUAGCAUAAUUAAGUUACCGCAAACUUUUGACCUUUGAGUUUGUAAACUUUUCGACAUUAAAGCUGUCAUUGGUUCCCUUGUCCCUGAAGAGCUCGUAUUUCCUCCUUGCAGCUUUCUUAACUCUGACAGCAGGGAGCUUCAUUAAGAUAUUAUCAUGACACUCCUGCAUUAGAGUAAUUCUAUGAACUUGGCUGAAUAAUUCAACACUGCCUGUUUCAAAAGUAUCAUAAAAGAUUCAUGAGUGUAAGUGCAUCAAACCCGGUAGCAUGUAGCAUGCGUGAUUGUGUUUCUUAAUAUAUGAUAAAAGUGCGCGUGCAUUUUGAUGUUUGUGUUAAGGGACUUUGGGGCGUGUGUGUGUAUAUAUGUCACACUAACAGUAAUGAUAUAUGACUGUGCCAUCUGUGUCAGCCAAGUUACACAGUUUGAUGCCGCCAUUUGUCUUCAGUCUGGACGUGUCGUGCCCUGACCUUGUUGGCAUCACUCCAGUGCAGCAGAGCAAAAAAAAAAGCUGCUUUCUACCGCAUGUGUACUUGGGAGUCUUCUCAGCAGUCCACUUGCAUUUUUCCUGCAAUAUUACUCAGAUCAGAUAAUUAAAUCUUCUGUGACACGCUGAAAGCCUUCAUUGUGUUCAUUGUGUGUUAGUUUGUCAGCGUCUGUAGCUGCUGAUUAAAGGAAGCUUUCAUCAUCUGCAGGUUUGACUUCUGAGAUGACUUACUGUGUUUAAGAAAACUUUUCAAAGCUCAUCAAAAAAAACAUAAUAGACGAAAGAGGAUAUUUGGACACCCUUACAGGCCCUGUAGCAUUUAAGUCACAAGUUAUACACAUGGUUGGGUUUUUUUUGCAUAUCAAUGUGUGUAUUGUCAUAUAUUUUAAAAGUUUAAGUGUGUUCAGGGCUUUUUUUCCCAGAAAGCAGAACACUAACAUCAUUUGAAAGCAUUCUGUCUUUUUAUUUUUAGUGUCAAAUACUCAUAAGCUGUGUUUCCAUGACAUUUCUUCGCAAAAUAAAAGCGAUGUUUAUCAAAUUUCGACAAGGUACAAUUGCGAUUUGCGGGUGUUUCCAUUGAAUGGUGUUCAGUGCAUAAGCGAGCCGUCUGCCUCUCGCGAGCCGUGUUUGAAUGGCCGUUGCCUAGCAAUGAGCUAAACUUCCUGCCCGUGUGACCUCGUAUUCCUUAAGCUUUUUCUCCCUUCUAGCUCCUUGUACAACUCUGCAUUUCACUGUUGUUUGCUAUCAAGGAUGAUGGUUAUAUUUUUCUGUUUUAUUAUUUGUAGAAAUAACUGUCUCCUCCUCCGUCCACACAUACCGCGCCAUCUUUGCUUAACAUGAACUGGUCACAUGACCCGCUACGUCACGUCCUGUGACGUAGAAUUGAGAGAAUAGUGUUUCCAUUACACUUUUGCGAUACACUCCUAUAUCGACACGUCUGAAAAACCACCUCAUGAGAGCGUAAAAACUUUUUAGCAAUAUUUGAGAGGUUUUUCGAAAUUUAGGUGUUUCCAUUACCAGUUUUCUAUUGCGAUAUUUAGGUUUUGCGCAAAUCUACGGAUAAUGGAAACCCAACUAUAGAGUGACACAUUUAAAGAGUUUUUCCAUUAAAAAAUACUUUUUUUGGAAGUGUUCCUAACAUUUAACGUCUGAAACAUGGACUGCACAACAGCUCCUCUGAAGUGAAGCCAAAACUUUUACAGCUCCCCCUGGUGGCUGGAUUAAUUUUGGUUAAAAAAGCCUCCUUCCUCCAUCAGAAUAUUGAUCAAACUAUAAAGUUAAAAUUCAUGUUUCCCUGUCUGAGCAGUUCGUAUUUGUCAUGCUGAUUUUUGUGCAAAUGGUUCAAUGUUAAGAAGAGGGAACACAACGAUAUGAUUGACAGCUCUGUUAGCUCCUGUGGUGAUUUAUAAAAGAGUAUUCAAGUAUCCAGUAGGAGUAUCUAGUGUAGUUUUACUCUAGAAUCUGAAAAUAAUUAAAGUGCAGAAAGAAUAUGUAACUCUCCUCUGUGUUUUUUUGUGAAUCAUUUCCCAGCAGGUUGUUGAAGCUCUGUUUGAUUCUUAUUUGUUUUGAGUUAGACUUUGAACAGACCCCCGUACCAGUGUGUGUUGUCAGUGCAGUCACGUGCCAGAGCCCCAGUGCAGUGUGGGAAAACAAAGAGGGUUGACAGAAAGAGAGGGGGGUCACCCACUGAGUUCGACCUUGAUGCUGCUGCCGUUGCUGCCGUCGCCUCUUCUCACACUUUUUCCUCCUGCGUUGCUCAUUUGGCUCUCUGUAUGUCUGAUAGAGGCAUUAAGAAUACAUGCUGAUGUAGUUUCAUGGUUUUCCCCUCCUGAGUGUAAAUCAAUGGCUGAGCUGGUGUCUGUUCUCUCGCCUGGAGGCCCGAGCAUGAUUCACUUGAAGCUGUGAAGUACUCUGUCAGUAUCUCCUCUCCCUCUUAAAGCUUCGUCUGCAUCUUAGUCGUCUCGGUGCUUCCUCUGCGUGUUAACACAUGAGAAUACACAUGAAGUUCAAUCCUCUGGGAUUCCUCAGUAUGUCCACACUCUCUUGGGUUUCCUGCUCUCCUCCUCUUCCCUCUCCCUGGCAGUCUUGCCAUCUGUUGUUCUGGUCGAGGCUGGGGUUUGGCACCAGUGGAUACUCAAGUGAAAACAUGGGUUUGACAGUUGUCAUAAACACGCCUUGAGUGAAAGCCUCGCCAUGAAUCCAUUUAAUGAUCCUGGCACAGUGUGAACACCCAAGAUGGAAAACACAUUUACAUCACAGUUUUGUUUUUUUAAGUGGGAGUAAAGGGGGGGAGUAUCAUUGGUGGUGGGGAACGUUUAUGUGACGUUGUGUUUGUUGCCCUCAGCCCUCGGGGAGCGAAGGCCAGACGGACGACAAGCACAAUGAGAGAGAAAGGCUGCGCCGAGUCCUCAAACAGAUGGGACGAAUCAAGUGUCCUAGUGAGGUAUGCACUCCACCUUUCUUCCCCGGGUCCCCCUUCUCUUUCCCCUUCCUGCAUUCUUUACAACUUCUUCUUCUUCAUUUCCAAUGCUAAGGCUACUUCUUCUUCCCGUCACAUUUUCCCCUCUCCCUGUUUGCCAGUUUGGAUUCUGCUUCUCCCUUUUCCUCAGGGUCCCUGUAUUUGUGUCCGCCUCUUUUUCCCUUUCCCUUUUCUCCCUUUUCCUUUAUGCCUUGUUCUUGACAUGUUGCCCAAAACCACAUCAACACUCUGCUUCCCAUUACUCACCCAAGAGUGCAAAAGGCAGAGAGAGAAAGAGCUGCAAAAAAUAGACUCUCUGCUGUGACAUGUCCUCACUGUAAAAAAAAAAGAAAAGAGCCAUUUCCUCCCCGUUUUCCUCCGUCUUUUUCACCGUAACCACAAAAUAUUGACUUACUGAAGUAAUGUUGUUCCAUUAAACCUACUCUCUGAUCCACUUACCCAGUUCCCCUGCUCAGUGUGUGUUUUCAUUCUGUCUCGUUUUUGCUAGCGGAUCCACAUGAUCACACAAACAUUAUGCCUUUAAACACACAGGGUUGUUCAGCACACUUUUCUAGUCUGAUGGGCUUCCAGUACCACCAGAAACGCUGCGGAGGAGAGUUCUCUGACGACGAGAAGCCUGUGUUUCUCUGCCAGCACUGUGGAAAAAACUACCGCUCCAAAGCUGGCAGAGACUACCAUGUGCGUACAGAACACUCCCUGACUAUGGCCGCCUUCGUCACAGGCACCAACAGCAAGGACAAUAUCACUGACACCAACAACAACACCGGCAAAGAGAGGGUAAGACAACAGUCCUGAUAGGAGACAUGUUUAUCUUUUUUGUUGUUUUUUGCUAUAGCCAAAGUUUACCCACUUCAAGUAUCACAUUCCUCUUCCUCUAGGUUGUUUCUGAAGGAUCUCCAACAAUAGGCAAGAAGGAGCACAGCCAGCAGAAGGAUUGGCAAGAGAGAGCGCCAUCCGUCCAUCUUAAGGAGAAGGAAAGAGACGCGAGGGACCAGAACAGGGAAAAGGAGAAAGAGCGGCAACGGGACAAAGAAAAAGCGGCGCAGAACGUGAGCCAAGGGGACGACUUUGAACGGACCCCCAGCGGCAGAGUGAGGCGCCGGUCGGCUCAGGUGGCCGUGUUCCACCUGCAGGAGAUAGCAGAGGACGAGCUGGCCAAAGACUGGGGCACCAAACGCCGCAUCAAGGAUGACCUUGUACCUGAUAGCAAGAGGGUGAGAAGGAAGAUAUUCACACUAAUCCAUACAUGUUCAUGUUCAACAGAUACUUAAAAACUGUAACCUUGAAUACUUGAUGGAACAAUAACAGCUGUUCUUCUUGGUAUAGUUAAACUACACCCGUCCAGGCCUUCCAAACUUCAGCCCAGAGCUACUAGAGACCUGGAAGAACCAAGUCAAGGAAAAGGGCUUCAUCUGCUGCACCAACAUGGUAAGAAUCAGCCCCCAUGUAUGAUAUACUUGAUAUCUAGCUCUAUGAGUAAAACAAUAAAGCAGCUGAUAUCAACUGAGUGACGUCUCUUUUGUCUCAGAACUGUGAGGCUGUCUAUUCCAGCGUCUCGGGACUAAAAGCGCACCUCGCCAACUGCAGCCAGGUACAAACACUCACCUGCAGCGCACCCGACCUGAUGACAUAUUUCUCUGUGAGAUGAUGUGGUAAAAAUAACAACACAGACGCACGCUCACACACUCGCACGCCGGAGUUCCCUCAGAUUCUUAACCCAGAUUUGUUCCGUAGUGCAUAGCAAGGUCAGGCUGUGUACGAGCUCUUUUCUAACUUCUAUUUUUGUCUUUCACGAGAGUUUUGAAGCGUUUUGCUUUUGGAACCUGCCUGUAGAAUAAAUUUAAUGUUACAGCACAAGAAUAUCGCAAAGAUAGAGUGUUUUUUCACUUAUAUGUUUGGGGCUUCUAUCCGUUUAUUCAAAAAAGGAAAAGACUUUGAAUUGAAAGAGCUGGAAGUGACAUGCCCAAAAGGCUGAGGGUUGGAAUCAGACCUAAACUGCCAGCUUGAGGUCUAACUCCCCUCUACAUAGGGAGCAAGCGACUUAACCACUAGGCCAAACCAGUUCCCCAGUUUCCAGUUUCAGUGAAAUAAAACCCACAAAAUGUCGAACUCUUCCUGAUUUAUUAUUCUCCCGCUUCUCGGUGCAGCCCGGACAGCUUAAGAAGACAUUUACGAACAUUGACGUUGCCUGCUGGCUCCAAACGAGUGUUUAACAGAUGAUCAUUUUCAAUCAUGUGCAGCUGCACAGAUUGCUCAGGCUGUAUAACAUCUGUACUAACUGUACGCUGUGUGUGUGUUUGUGUUUCAGGGUGGUGGUGAGAUGGGGAAGUACACUUGUCUGAUUUGCCAGAAAGAGUUUAGCUCAGAGAGCGGUGUGAAAUACCACAUCAGUAAGACACACUCGCAGGUAAGUUUGUCUCUGUGUAAAUAAUAGGAUAAUGAGGUGUUACCCUGUUGUGCAAACAAGUGCUAAAACGGUUUACAUAGGACUUGUCAGCACAUCAUACCGGUCUUGAUCCUGCUCAGAAAAAUGUAAACAAUGCAGACAUUUUGUACCCACCACAUGACUUUGCAAAGUUUUGUUGUUGUAACUCCUCUAACUGUAUGUUUUUCAGAGUCAGAGCUGAUCACUCACUGUGUUUUUAUUAUCUCAGAACUGGUUUCGAGCAGCAGCCACUCAAGUGGUUUCCAGUAGCAAGACUAAAGUGCCAGAGAAUGGUGGGAUAAAAGCCGAGGUGAGGAACGGUGCCACCACCGGAAAGAAGAGGGGACGUAAGCCCAAAGAGCGCCCACCUGCUAUAGAGCCUCUCCAAACAAAAACUGAAGCACCUACCGCCACUCAAAACUCAGCCCCUGCAGUGAACCCUUCGACACAGUCCCCCACACUGAUCCCCGACCCAACGGACAGUGCUAAUUCAGGCCAAAACAGACAGCCAAUCCCCUUCGCCGCCAGACGAAGCAAACCCAAGAGGCUGUCAUUUUCAGAGUAG